CCGUUGCCGAAUAUCGAUAAAAGCCCAAGCCGCUGAUGGCGCUGCGCUGGCAACCACCCGGCUUGCUGCCGGUGGCCGAUUUACGGUGACGGCGACGUACCCCGAUCGUCGGGGCGAAAGAAGAAAAAAAAGGGAAAGGGAUUUCAGUCGUCGGCGACAUCGGCGCGUUAUCAGUUUAUCACCCGUCGGGCACUGCGCUUUAUCAGUCCGGUCCCCACUCCGUCGUCUACGUCAGCUCGCGCGCUACGUUUGCACGAAACGAGUCGCCUGGCCCACAAGUCUGUGCGGCGUCAGCACGUAGGCCAAGCGGUUCUCUUCAGCACAGCGAGAACGGGACAAGCAGCAGCAGUAGCAGCAGUUCGCGGACCGCCACGUUUCGCGCGCGUCCAUUUCGUUUGUUCGUCAGCGCCGGAAACACCGUUUCCCGCGUCGUCGACGUUCGGAACGCGAAACGUGUCCGAGACACCGCUCGUUAUUUAGGCCACCGCCGACGUAGCCGCACAACAUGACCGGCUCAAAAAUGUUAUCUUUUAUCACUGUUGUGUUAGUAAUUAACACACCUUCUAUUUGGGCUUGGGACUCAGAUCAAAUGGAAGUUUUUGAUCUUGUUGAAGAAAUGAAUAAUAUCAAUUUCUAUCAGUUUUUAGAAGUACCCGAAAAUGCUAAUUCAUCAGCAAUAAGACAUGCUUUUAGAAGAAUGUCAUUGUUAUUACAUCCUGAUAAAAAUAGUGCUCCUGAUGCUGAAGCAAGAUUCAGAGAAUUAGCAUCAAUUCAUGAUGUUUUACGUGAUCCUGUAAAACGGGGACAUUAUGACAAAGUUUUAAGCGAAGGAUUACCGAACUGGCAUCAUGCUGUUUAUUAUUAUCGACGAGCUAGAAGGAUGGGUUUCCUCGAAAUGGUUGUUAUUCUCUUUUCUAUAAUUAGUGUUGGUCAAUAUCUUGUUGCUUGGGGAUCAUAUAUAGAAAAUAAAUUCACUGUGGAUGAGUUAAUAAGUUCAAAAAUGAAAAAGCUACGAAAACAAAAGAAAUAUCGAGGUGAAUCAACAAUACCUCCUGAAUUUGAUGUGAACAUUCCAAAACCAAGCUUAAAGAAUACUCUUCCUUGUCAAAUACCUUAUUGGUUAUGGUUGUUUAUCUUAAAAUCACCAUCGCUAACAACAUCAGCUAUAUCAUUUUUGAUUACCAAAUUCAAAGAGCGAAAAAAUAAUCAGAAUAAAUUGGAAUAUGAAAAACCAGAACCAAUUAUUCGUGAAAGAAUUAGACGUCGUAAAGUACAAUAUAAGAUACCAGAGAUUAAUGAUUAUGUUAGCACUAAUGGGGAUACUCGCGGAAAAAUCAAUACUGAAAAAAUUGAAACUACUGUAGUUGCUGGUGGUUUGUGGACCGAUGAAGAUUUAUAUGAAUUGUCGCAAAUGGUAAAUAAAUUUCCUCCUGGUACAUCAGAUAGGUGGCAAAAAGUAGCAAAAGCAAUGCAUCGUCCAGUUCCUGAAGUUGCAUUCAUGGCCAAUAAAAUGAAACAAAACGGAUAUAAAGUUCCAAAUCCAGAGGAAGUAGUUGAAUCAGUUAUCACAGAAGAACCAAAAAAGAUUAAGACAAGAGCAACUGAGAAUAUUGAAUCUAUUAACCGUUCAUGGACUCAAAUACAACAAAAAGCGUUAGAAAGUGCUCUUAUAAAAUUUCCAAAAGGCUCCACUGAAAACCGUUGGGAGAAGAUAUCUAAAUCUGUACCAAAUAAAACUAAAGAAGAGUGUAUGGCUAGAUAUAAAGAAUUAAAUGAACAAUUUAAAAAGAAAAAAGAUUCUAUUGAUGGCGUUUUAGAAAAUGUUGAUAAUGACAAUAACAAAAAAUAAACUAUUAAUUUUUA